AUGGAAACAUUCAAGCGGCUGCAAAUCAAUCGCGAUGCGCUGCUAGACCAAUACCGCGCCAACCUCGACGAUGUCUACGACCUGCAAGACACCCUCAUAACAACCAUCCUGCCGUCUGUCACCGACGAACUCGAGCUCGAGCCAGACGCACAGGAAUGGGCGAAAGAAUGGCUUUCUGAUACUUCCUCAGUCUUCCGCAUUUCAAGGCGGAAUAAAUUCACGCGAUCGUUCUCCCUGGAAGCUAUCCAAAAGAACAUGCUCUGGCGUCUGACCAAUCUGUGGCCUGUCGAAGGGCAAGGGGAGGCUGAGCCUCUAUCGCCGAUACCCAACUUUCACUGCCUCCCGGCCCAUAUCCGAGAUCCGUUGGGGCGACCAAUCCUCGUUUUGGGGGUCGCGCCGGUUGACGAGGAUCUCAGCACGCAGAAGGAUCUGAUUAUUCGAGCAUUUGAACGCUUGAGGAUACACCUGAAGCGGCUUUACGACGACUCGGGGACUGAUAGCCGGCCAGUGCUACAGUACACGGUCCUCCUCGACUUGGGCCAGCUAUCUCUCCAAAGCAUAAAUAUUGACUUGUUUACCUGGACAACGCGCGAGGUUAUCCCUCGAUUUCCUGGUAUGAUUGCGGGGCUAUUCUUGCUCAAUUAUUCAUGGACGUAUUCCGGCCUCUGGAGUGUCUUCAAACGCCUAUUGCCGGAAACUGCUCUAUCGCGCAUAUUUUUCCCUUCUCAGCAAGAACUGAUAGAGCUAUUCACGCCCUCCGCUUUGCCGCAAGAAUACGGAGGGUCAUUACCGUCUCUCGUAGACAUCGAGGACCCUACAUGUCCUGGGGUUCGAACGCCAUCGUUGCCUGCAGCAAUUUCGCCACCUUCACCAACUGAAUCCUCUCCGUCAACAUCUAUCCUUCCUCCAGCCACCAUUCCACCUUCUUGGCUCUCACCCAUGUCUCUCCUGAAUCCAUUCUUCGGAUACCCUGUCGCCACAUCGUCAUCACGUCGUGGGCCACCUUCAUUUCGUCAUGGCCGCCGCCGGAAGAGGGACCUUGCGCGCACGCUGCUUACACUUUUCUGGAUACGCUGGCGGAACCACCUCACCGUCGGCCUCUGUCUGACCGUCAUACUCAUCAUCGUCCGAAUUAGCAUUCGGAAAGGCGGGGGGUUACAGUUACGGUUGCCGCGAGGGCUUCCUCUGCCGCACUGGCUUCUGUCGAACAGGCGCUUGCUCUCGGGCUAA